CAAGAUACAAAUCAUUAAAGGAACUGGGACAUGAGAAAUACAUCUAACAACAAACAAGAACACGAUCUUGAGAAUAUUGCAAGUGAUGAAUCCUAUGAAAGCUCAUGAUCUACUUUUUAUUUUUGAUAAGUAGCUCUUGAUUUACUUCAAAAGUUAGCUCUUGACUUCAACAAAACCAAACAUCUGUAAGACCUAUCCAUUUACAUUUGUUGUUCAGCUGUGCAAAAUAGAAGAGAUUCCAUUACAUCUUCAAUAAACAAGACUGAGCUGUUUAAAACUGUGCCAUAUCACAGAUUUGACAGACAGUCAAAAAAUCUAACAACUGACAUACAAAAAAGUAGUAACAUGAAAUAUAAUUAUAGCAAGUGAAAAGGAAAAAAAAAACACAAUCCCAAAGGUGGUUCAAUAGCCAAUACCUGUAAUAGCUCAAUUUGAUAUCUAACAUGCAAUAAUUUAUUAGGACUAUAUGUCUAUAUAUUUUACAAGCAUUAGCCACUAAAAGUACGAAGAAUUCAUUCAGUUACUUAAGUGGACCCAAUAAUUUAUAUAUCUCAUUACUCAAAUCAUCUUUGCAGCUGACAACAGUGCAGAAUGAUAUGUUAUUUUUUCUAUUCCUACUAAUCAUGGAGGGCUAAUCCAACCGUAAAAAGUACCAAAAUCGAUAAUCAAUAUGUAAUGCAAGAUCGAAGAUGAUCUCACAAUGAAGGUGUUCAUAUGGACUCUAUUGCAUUCAUGUACCCUCGUCACCAAUGUGGUUCAAGUGUAUCCACUAUCCAGGAUUCCAGGCACACCAUACUUACCAUAUGAAAGGCCAUAAUGAUGGUGAGCGUGGCAAUUUCCAAUUUGAUUAUGAAUAUCUACACAUGUGUAACAAAAGUUGCACCCCAAUUUGUGGGAUUCCCAACCACUCCCUAAUUGGUACUUGAUUUGAUGUUGACAAAGAAGAGCCAACCACAGUCUUGUACCUUUCUGAAUGUUUCUAUCUACUCACAACCAUCUCAGAUCCUUCUACCGGCCAAUGACUUCCAACUCAUUAACAGCCAUGAUGAAAUAGUGCUCAUUUGUUCACUCUUGCAAUCCUAAUCAUUCCUUUUAAAGCCUCAUUCCCCAUACAUAUCUAGAUCUAUUUCUAGGCAUAUGGUAUGACAACCAAGGCAAUCUAACAUCAAGUCCUCAAAAAACGAGAUCAAGAUGAAGGUAAAGUCACAACUCUGACAAAUUUAGAAGCUAAACGCUAUCAACCCUCUGACUUCAUUUUUUCCUGUCAUUGAUGCAGUUACUAGGUUGGAUGCACCGUAAACGACAGCAAAAUAGUAUCGACCCAUUCAAGGAUUUCACAAAGGGAAACUACUGCACUUGCCUUUCAGCACAGUUGUCAAUUGAUGAUGAUAACUUGCAAACUAAGCCAAGCUUUGGCUCCAGAUAUGGAACCAGUUCCUUCAACCCCACAAAUGAGAGCUCCUUCCCUGAAAAUGAAAUUACGAAAAUGCAAGAGAUCUUCGAAGAAGGGACAUCAAUUAUCAACUCAGAGCUCUUCCAUGGUUUUCUUGCCAUUGGAACCCUUGGUUUAGAACCAAUGACAAGUGAUCCAGCUACACCAACAUUUCCCGGUUCUUUAGAGAACAUAACUGAGAAGGAAACAGAGGCGACGGAGAAUGAUUUGAAGCUCAUUAAUGAUGAGCUAGAAAAGUUUCUUGCAGCUGAAGCUGAAGGAGAACAAAGUAAUGAAUCAUCUCGCAGGAACAGUUACGUUAGCACAAUUACACUCAGUGGAAAGCAAAUUGAAGGGAUUCAUGCUGAAGAUUUUGGGAAGAUGGUUGUAUGUCCACUCCAAGGUUAUCUAUUUGGAUCUUCAAUUGACUUGCCAGAAACAAGAUCUGAACCAAAGAAGGAGAAGGCAACACUUGGAGAGCUGUUUCUGAAGACAACAUUAACAGAAGAACAUUCCAUAAAAGAACGUGGCAAACAAGCCAAGCAAACACAUAAAUCUGCAAAAAAAAUAAUUACUAAGAUGCUGAAAAAGCUUCAUGUUUCUUCAAAGAGCUCCAACUCUUGUUCCAGAAAUGAAGCUACCGACCCUAUUCCGACCAAGACAAGACUUCAGAAGAUCCUACAAAUGUUCUACAGAAAAGUCCAUCCUGAAAACCCAAUAAUCGAAGGAGAGUCUGCUAAGUCCUUAGAGGACAACAAGACUCUUCAUGAUAGUUACUAUACUCAUGGCGACCUGAAAAGUGUUGAUGAAGCCAAAACAAGGUUUCCACAUGGACCCAAGUUCAAAGAAGGGAUCCAGUUCUAUAAUAACUACAACAUGACCCAGUAUGAGCUUGGUGGCAAUAAAUCAAGUGGAACCAGGGAACACUGGAUCACAACAGAUGCAGAAUGUAAGUGCUACUUUAUCUGAAAAGACAUAAUAAUAGAGUAGCGAAAGAUCCAUCAUCUCUCUAACAUACAGACACACCUACACAUUAAUGAGAUUCAUUUGAAUUAUUACAUGCUUAUUCAGUCAUUCAUUUGUUUUCUACCUGCGUCAACCUUUUUCUACUUCCCUUAUUCUACUAAAUUGCCUUAGAUUAAAUGAUUAUUUAGGAUUAGACAUUGGCAAACAACUUCAAGUUUUCAACUUCUAUUACUCAUGAAGCAUUCGCAAGAAAUGUAUUGGAUUCUAUUCAAUAAGAAAUCUUUUAAUCGAGGAGAAUCGACAAAAAACUCAAUAAGCUUAAUGAUCAGAAAUAACUAAUUGAAAAAUGCAUGAUAUAGAAGAAGUUCGUGUUCAUAGCAACACGAGGAAAGACCCGAGCAUAUUAGGAAUUGCAGACAAUGCAGUACACGAUCGGAAAUAAACUCACACAUUUGAAAAUCUGCAGUAUACAAUAAUAAUUACACAUUUAUGCACACCAGUAACUUUUGAUGAAUAUUCUGAUCCAUCAAAAGAAACUUAACAUACUUUAACAGCCUCAUGACUUGUUAAUCAACAUUUCUUGGCACAGUUAUCUAUUGGUCUACAUUUACAUGCACAUAGGCAGGCUGCUAUGCAAUAAGAGAAUCUACUACUACUACUUUUGUGUAUUAAAAGUGACCACUAACAUGAUGAGGUUCACUAAAUUAUAUGUCUGACUCUUUUAUUGUUGGCAAUGUAGACCUGGUGUUGGAGCUGUAGCAAAGAAGUCAAAAUUUGCUCAUAAGCUAUAAUCAAGUAAGGAGUGUCAAUGUGCUGUUUGAUUGUACUGUUAUGUUAUUCUAUAAUUGUGAGUGACUUGAGUGGUAGUAAAAACAAGAGGAAGCAAAGAAGAUAUGGAGAUAAGCAUCUAAUCUCUGUGGGUGUUAUAAUAUAAGUCGUAGGUACCAAGUCUCAUGUGAGCUUCCUGAUUGAUGAACAUAAUAUGGAAUUCUCUUAAGUGUUGUUUGAGUUCAUGAAAAAUAAUUAUGUCCAGAAACAAAUGUGCAUCAAGCAUAUUACACUACGAUGCAUGAGAAGAAUAAAGCUAGAACGUCUCUUGUUUUGUUUUGUUUUUUUCUAUCCAGGGUAUUGAUUUAAAUUUAAGCUGCUUCAAUUCAUAACAAAUUUAAGAAGUGG